AUGGACUUUUACCCCUGGGAUUUAUCUAUGUUCGAUAAACAGAACAGUAAAGCUACAUCGCCAUUUUGCUCGCAAAACCCGGAAGCAAAUAUGGCGUCUGCAGAAGGCAAGACGUUGAAGAUUGGGAUGAGGGUUGAGGUGAGAGACAAAGGGACACCAGGGACUGUUGCAUAUGUAGGAACAACACUUUUCUCUAGUGGGAAAUGGAUUGGAGUAGUGCUAGAUGACCCCAAAGGAAAGAACAAUGGAACUGUGCAAGGCAAGAAAUAUUUUGAUAGCCCUGACAACCAUGGUAUCUUCAUAAGGCAAUCACAGUUAAACAUUCUAGAAGAUUCCACUCCUGUAACAGUUCCUGUUACCCCUUCCGCUCCUAAAAGUGGACUACCCCAUGCUACCCCCAGAUCAAAACUUCCUCAGACGCCUGCAGAGCAAAGUGCGAAGAAAAGUAAUCGAUUAUCAGGAAUCAGGCCUCCUUCAAGUAAAAGUAUUGAGAACUUGGCAGGUUCAGAUGGGUCUGGACGCUCAACUCCUACAGGGGAUGCUACGCCCACUGCAACUCCAAAAGGCCUCAAGACACCUGGCUCGAGUAGCCAGGAAACUAUUAAGCCUCCAGUUAAGUCCAUUGCCAAGGCUGUUGCGGCUGAAGCGCCAGAGAGAAAAGUAUCACAGGUUCCCAAUACCCAGACAUCCGCAGCCCAGAUCAGUGGGAUGAGUAAGUCCAUUGAUAGCCAGAUGUUUGGCUUGCAGCAACAACAAGAGAUGGAUGGGCUAAAGGCAGAGGUCAAAGACUUGGAGGAAAAGCUGGAGACUAUCAAAAUCAAGAGAGCAGAAGACAAGACAAAAUUAAAGGAAGCUGAGAAGAUGAAGAUACAGCUACAACAGCUCCAAGAGUACAAGACUCGCAUGCAAGAAACUCAGCAAGACCUUCAACGUCAACUACAAGCUUCAAAGAAGGAGGCAAAGGACUCCCAGGAUGCAUUUGAGCGCUAUAAAGAUGAAAUGUCAGAUCUUGCGGAGACUGUGGAAAUGGCGGCUCUGGAUAAAGAGAUGGCUGAAGAAAAGGCUGAGACUUUACAAGUGGAGGUUGAGACCCUGAAAGAACGCUGUGAGGAACUCAAUGUUGAUAUGGAAAUCAUGAAGAAUGAGAUGGCUGAACCAAGUGAUGGGGCAGCUAAUUCUUACCAAGUGAAACAACUCGAACAGCAGAAUGAGCGUCUAAAAGAGGCCCUUGUCAAAUUGAGGGAUCUGUCUAACAAUGAAAAGCAUGAGAAUCAGAGUUUGAACAAGCAGUUAGAACAAAUUAAGGCUGAGAAUAAAACUCUAGCUAAAGACAAGGAAAAACUUGCAGCUGAAGUAAUGGAGCUGCAAAAUGAGGCCAUAGACCUAAAAGAACAGGUUGAUGCUGCACUUGGUGCUGAGGAAAUGGUUGAACGUCUAACAGAACAGAACCUUGCUAUGGAGGAGCAAAUCCAAAGUUUAGAGGAGGAGAAAACUGACUUGGAACAACUGCAUGAGAUGAAUGAGGAACUGCAGGAGAAUGCACGCCAUGAGGAGUUAGAAUUAAGGGAAGAGGUUGAUCUUGCAAAUUCCAAAUUUAGAGAGAGUCAACGCAAGCUAGAGGCUGUUGGAGAGACUAUAGCCGAUUAUGAGAAUACUGUCUCUAAGUUCCGUGACCUUGUGGCACAACUUCAGGAAAGUAACCGGGAAUUACGAAGCCGGGCAGCUGAGACAGAACAUAAAGGAGAUACACCAACUAUGGAGGCAUUUGAUUUCAAAACAAAGUUUGCAGAGACAAAGGCAUAUGCAAAAGCCAUUGACAUGGAACUGAGAAAGCUUGAUGUCGACCAGUGCAAUAAACAUGUUGAUCUCCUCAAAUCAUUCAUGCCAGAAAAUUUCUUACGCCGUGGCUCAGACCAUGAUGCAUUGCUGCUGUACCUGUUGAUCCCACGACUGCAGUGCAAGGCAGAACUUCUUGCCCGUCAAGCUCGAGAAAAGUUCAGUCCGGAGGAGACCAUUGAGCGUGCUGAUGUCGUCAAAAGUAGUCGUAGCGAACAGUUUAGUUUUGCUAAUGGAUUCAUUCACCAACUAGCUGUACUAGGGACCAUUCUAGGAGAAUAUAAAAGUGCUCUGGAUAGUUGUAGUCCAGAUCUGUUUGUGAAGAUAGGCACAUUGCUUCCUGAGAUUGCAGUACAUGAGAAGUCUGUAGACUACUACAUAGACCUACUACGCAAUGAUAGACUUGAUGAAAAUGUCAGUCUAGAAGCUCUGGAAAAGUCAAUAGCAUACUUCCAGCACCUAUACAAUGUACACCUGGCACAAGAGACAAGUGACUGUACUCUGCUCAUGGCAGACCAGUCCAGGGUCUUACUGGCUGCAUGUGACUGCAUCAGUAUGGACAUUACAAGAUUAAAGCUGCUUCUUCAGGGAGGCCAGGAGACCAGUGAUAUAUGUAUCCUGUUACGAGAACUUGAGAGUCAAAACAAUGCAACGAAAGUGGCAGCACGCAAGAUAAAGCGACGCACGCCCCAGCCAGGAUCUAGCGGAACCAAUCCACUCUCAUUCAGCAAAGAGGUGGAGGAAUCAUUAACUUUGGCAAGCAAAAACUUGGAAAAUAUCGUAAAAAGUUUACAGUUUAUAGCUAAAGGUGGUGCCAAGCAAGCUGCAUUACUAACAGAAGGGGAAGGUGUAGCUCCAAAGAAGAUGGAGGAGUUAGCCUUCCAUGCCACUGAUGUUGUUUAUGGCAAAGAUGAUGAUGGCCCAUUCAACUCAUUAAGAGCCUCAUUCAAAGUGGCAGCCAGUGCAAUAUCUAGUAUAGCAGAGGCCAUGGAGAAUGGGGAGUAUGACUUUGAUGGCACACAUGCUAAGAAAGCAGUGCCACCUAUUGUUGCAAGGGGGAAUGCUGUAAGGGGCGAACUGUCAGAUGUGGAACAUGUCAAGUUCAGACUUGAGGCUAAGGACGAAGAUAUCAAAGAGUUGAAGAAAUUGCUUAAAUUGAAGCAAGAAGAGUUGAGUGAACAGCAGGUUCGUGUUGGACUCAUCGAGAGAAAGUUAGAAAACUCUGGGAAAGAUAGUGAUGAUCGUGUGGAAAAAGUCCAACGGAAACUUGAUGAAGCAAAUCUUAUGUUAAAGAAGAAAGAAAAAGAAUUCGAUGAAACAUUUGAUGCACUUCAAUCAGAUAUUGAUUCUCUGGAGAAUGAAAAGUCGGAACUGAAAGAGAGGCUGAAGAUGUUAAGCAAAAAGGCUUUAAUUGAGGGUCUCACCCAGAAGUCUGCUGGGAUUAGUGCUUCGCCAGGUGGCGCCGUAACUCCUCCCAGUCCCGGUGGUUCUCCAGUUAGGACGAUUGUUGGGGAUUCCCCACUGUUACUACAACAAAUCUCAUCCCUAAGGGAGGCCCUCAAAUUUGUCAAACAUGAGAAUAUUCGACUGAAGGGAGAGAAAAUGAAAGUAAAGCUGGCUGGUCUGCCAGAUCUGCAGGUGCCAAAGAAACCCACUGGACUGAAGAGCAAUACAGGAUUCAUUCCAUUAGGGGAACUACCAGUGGAAAUACAGGGUGGCCAGGAUCUACAAAAACUUUCCAAGCAAACUAACUCUCUGAUGAAUGAGGUGUGUAGGUUGAGCUGUACUCCAAUGGUAGUUGACAUCACAAAGCGUCGCCAGGCAACAGUACCUGCCAUAGAAAAGGCCAGCCCUGCUUCCCAGCUGAUCCAGUCCGCAUCAGAAGUGAUACGUCUCCAGAAGCAGGCUGAUGAGUUGCAAGUGAAGAUUACAACAAUGUUAGCACAGACAAGGAAUGGAGGCCAAGUUAAGGCUGAUUUCUCAAGCUUCCCUUCUCCUGCAUACUCCAAGGUGCUAGAAGAAAGGACCAAGGAUACUCAACUUGUAGGACGUAUAAGGAUACCUGCAGAACAAGGCAAGGGUGGAGAUGUAAUCCCUGUCCUGCUCCAACCAGACCAGUUGAGACGAAUACACUCCCAGUUUGUUAGCUGA